AUGGACAUCGAGUCGGGUAACGAGCCAGAAAUCCCGGCUGCGGAUCCCCAAGACGGAGACAAGGCCAGCUCCGACUCAGUGUUACAGAUCGAGGCUCAACCCCAGACUGAACCCCAGACUACUGCUACUACGGCUACGGCUACGGCUACGACGCAGCCCUUUACCGCCGGCUGGCUGCUUGUCUUUUCUCCACUGAAAGUAAGGCUCAACCCGUCCGAGGGCUGGACCUUUACCGGCGAACUGCCGCCUCUUGCCCCGGACGACGGCUGGCCCAGCCCGCCCAACUCGAAGACCUACGUGGGCAUCACCGACGACCAGACGCCAGGAGCAAUCAUCUACCCUAACCAGCCGGUGUUUCUGUCCUUCGACUCCGGCCAGCAGCACAAGUACCGGCUGCGCAACAAGCAAGGGCUGCACGUCUCAGAGGAGAACGUAGUGUUUGGCCCGCCGUACCAGACGGUUACGGCGCGCACGGCGGUAGCCCUGAUGACGGCGUACUCUGUUAGAUUGUGGAGGGAGCGGCAGGGGGAUCUGAAACGUGGAGAGUAUCUUAAAUGGGAGAGCAAGCGACUGCGCUGGGAGGCCAAGUUCCUGGAGCGCGAGUGGUUCAUCAGGGGCAACAGGGAGAUAUUCCCGCCAGGCACCACCAGCGGCGACGUCUUUAACGCCAUCCGCGCGCUGGAGGAGAUGCCGACUGUCUAUCCGCUUCCCAACUAG